GACUCACUGGGUCCAAUUUGGAGGGAGAUAAGAGGAAGAGCCGAAGAGGGAGGAAGUGAAAGAGGAAAUCAAUCAAGCAAAAAUGUACUGAACUGAAGCAGAAAUCUAUCUUCAAACAAUAAAUAAUACAGAACACACUCAGAUACUGGACCCAAAAGCAACCCUCUCCAGUACCCAAGCCUGAAAAAGCCUUCAGACAUAAACGCGUGCCUGUCCCUUUAAGAAACAUGACCCAGGAAGAAACUGAAAGUAGAAUUUAUUCCUGGGAAACCACCGUGAUCUCUUGUCUUCAUUCUUUAUCCUUUACAGACCAACACCAGAGCAGCUGACAAAACCACAAACACAUUUAUGGAGGAGCUUUCACGCUGUCUUCAUGGAGUUCAGGCCUGAUAUUGUGGGUAUUUUAUUCCAACUGAUGUUUACAAGUUAAACAAUGGACUUUGAACUUAAAAAUGGCCUCCAGCAGCAGUCUCUUAUCGGAGGAGCAGUUUCUUUGUCCCAUCUGCCUGGAUGUGUUCAAUCGGCCAGUUUCCACUCCAUGUGGACACAACUUCUGCAUGUCCUGUAUCACAACCUACUGGACCAACGCGCCGGUCUGCCAGUGUCCCGUCUGUAAGGCAGCUUUUGAAAGGAGACCAGAUCUCAAGGUCAACACUUUCAUUUCAGAGCUCGCAUCGCAGUUCAUGUCACUUCAAGUGGCAGACGCUCUCAUCUGGAGCUCAGACCAACAGCAGGCUGGCUGUGGCGGUGCAGUGCUGUGUGAUAUUUGUACUGACACCCAGGAAGAGGCUAUCAAAACCUGUCUAGAAUGUCUCACUUCUUACUGCAACGUUCAUCUAGAGCCUCAUCACAGAGCUGUCGGACUAAAGAGACACAGGCUGGUUGAACCCUUGGCAAACAUGGAGGACAAGAUCUGCAGGGAGCAUACCAGACUCCUGAUAUUCUUCUGUAGAAGCGACAAAGUUCUGCUGUGUGACAUCUGCGCCAGCUUGCGCCACGUGAACCAUGACGUGGUUCCUGUGCAGCAGGCGUACGCAGAGAUGAAGCUUCUGCUGGGGGACACGGAGGCCAACGUGCAGCAGAUGAUCCAGGAAAGGCUGCAGAAAGUCCGAGCCAUGAAGGAGUCAGUAAAACAAAGCAAGACGGAAACCAUAGAUGUGAUGGCAAACAGCGUGCAGGACUUGACGGCACUGGUCUCUGAGAUUCAGAGGAGCCAGAGGGAGCUCGUAAAGGUGAUGGAGGAGAAGCAAAAAACUGCAGAAGCACAAGCAGACGGGUUUAUUGGCAGUAUGGAACGAGAGAUCAACGAGCUGCAGAGGACAACGAUGAAGCUGAGGGAGCUAAAACAGACUAAAGACCAGCUUUCUUUUCUCAAGAACUUCCCAAAACACUCCCUCCUACCGCACACAAUGGACCUGUCCUUAUUCAGUUUUAACAGACACGUGGAGGUUCAUCACAUUCGGAAAUCUUUGAGCAAAUCGGUGUCUCAGCUGCGAAUGCUGUUGAAUAAAAUGAACACAGAAAUCAAACAAUUCUCUGACGGCACAGACGUGUCAAACAGUGCGACGCUGAGAUACAUGCAGCAGUAUGAAGAGGAAGUUCUGCUCGAUCCUGACACAGCUCACCCUCUGCUCAUUAUAUCCGCUGAUCGGAAACAGGUGAGGUACAGCAUGGGUUCCGGUUUGUGGGGGAACCAGAACUUCAACCCGCACAUGUUUACGGAACAUCUCGCGGUUCUGGGGCAGAGGGGCUUCUCGUCAGGUAAGUUUUACUUCGAGGUGUUCGUGGGUGAAAAGUCCGAAUGGUGUCUGGGCGUGGCCGCUGCGUCGGUCCAGAGGAUAGGGGCGCUUUCACGGAGCCCUCACAGUGGACUCUGGGCCAUCUGGUUCCUAGUAGAUAAGUUUGAGACCUUCGGUUCACCAAACGUACCAGUACACAUCGGUAAAGUGGAGAGGGUCGGUGUGUUUGUGGACUAUGACGGAGGGCAAAUUUCUUUCUGUGACGUACAGACGGCAACACUUAUUUACUCAUUCACUGAGUGUUUGUUUGCUGAAGAACUGUAUCCGUACUUUAAUCCUUGUGAUAAUGAAUAUGGUUCAAACUUGGAGCCGAUGAUAAUUGUUCCUGCAAGUUGUACGGAGUGAACAGAGGCUUCAGAGCCUUUGUGGGUUCAUUACUACAAUGCAAGUGAUGUGUUUGAUUGCAAAAAGAAUCCUCAUAUUCAAUCAACACUUACUUAUAAGGCAAAGCUUUUAUUUGUUUGAUUAAUUAUUUAUAUUUUAGAGAGUGUCAAUUUCCAGAGCACCAAAGGUCUGAUAUUAACUCGGCUUAUACAUUAUCAAAAUACACAAACAUGCAUCUGCACUCUUCACUAAUGAGAAACUAGUUUAAGUCCACACACCUGUGUAAAGGUGAACACAGCACAUACAAACACAUUCUGCAAUUAGGUGUUGUUUUGGCAAUGAUGUUCCACAAGGGGACAAAGGUCUCAAGCUCAAAGGACAGUUGCUAGAGGGCUUCUCUGCUUGACUUUUUCAACCCUUCACGCAGACUUUCUGUGACUUUGCUCAAGGGAAUAACCCACAAUGCUAAGCGCUGCAAGGUUAAAAUGGCAUUAUCAGUGUAAUUCCCCAUUGCAAAGAGAUUUUCCUUUGAAGUAUAAAAAUAAAAAACAUGUGGGGCUGCAUCGAAUAAUAAUCGUUUUGUCUAUGAAAUAUAAAAUUCCCAGAGCUGAGAGCAUAUUAAAUGCAUCAUGGAAAUCAAAGAAAAGCAUUAAAACCAAUCAAUCAAAAUAGUUCCUGAAUAAUUUUAUAGCUAUCGAUUAAUCAACCAGUUGUCCUUUAACCAGCUCUGUUGUUGCCCUAUUACAGGACAACAUGACUUCCAGAUAUGUCACCAAUGAAAUAUCAGCCUCACACUUCUUCCGUCCAGGUAAUGUGAUCUCACAAAGUGCCCUUCCAUUCGUCAGACAGCUCCCUACAUUCAUGAGUUAUGAUGAUGACGUACAUGCCGUUGAGUCUGGAGCUUGAGAGUGGGCUCACAAAAGACAUCUGUCUGUGUCUCUGCAGUAAAAGCACAUGUCUACGUAUUAAAAUUAAUAAUGGCUGAAUUCCAUUAAGCUGCUUGAGUUUCAGGGACCUGAUAGUGUUCAUACUGGUUCCCUAUCGGGACUAACUGGGACUAUUGGAUAGAACUAAAACCAUUGUCACUGUUAUUAGUAUCACCUGGUGUUUCUCCUACUAUGACAGGUCAAAAUGCUGUGAAUAAAAACUUAUGUGUCUUGAAUAUGAGGAGAAAAUCUGUGAAAGUAGAUCAUCCAUAAUUAAAUUCACCAGGUAUACUCACUUCCAUCCAUUUAUUUCAUGUUUCUUCAGCAUUAAGUCAUUUUUAAGCUAAUUUCCAUCAGCCUGUUUGGUAAUAUAUAUCCCAAUUAACUAAUAAUUACAAAUAUAUUCAUGUCAUUUAAAUCAAGUUAUAUGUUCUUAUGUCGAUUCUGCUUACAUCAUAAAUGCAUAUAUGUCUUGUCACUUGUCACUGCAGUUAUAUUUGUGUUUCACAUGUUUAUCUAAAUGAAUAAAUAAAAAUAUGUUUUUAAAGCUGUAUAUGCUCUGUAAUUGUGAUAAAACUUUUAUAGCCAGCUUGAUAAAAUUUUAAUAAAGUGAAAAAGCAUUA